UCUCCUCCCCUCCCCUCCCCUCUACCUCCGUCUCCUCCCUCUCCUCCCUCCUCCCCUCCACCUCCGUCUCCUCCCUCCCCUCCGUCUCCUCCCCUCCCCUCCCCUCCGUCUCCCUCCCCUCCCCUCCCCUCCCCUCCGUCUCCUCCCCUCCCUCCACCUCCGUCUCCUCCGUCUCCUCCGUCUCCUCCCCCUCCCCUCCGUCUCCUCCCCUCCCCUCCGUCUCCUCCCCCCCUCCCCUCCCCUCCCCUCCUCCGUCUCCUCCCCUCCCCUCCACCUCCGUCUCCUCCUCCCUCCCCUCCCCUCCACCUCCGUCUCCUCCCUCCUCCCCUCCCCUCCCCUCCGUCUCCUCCCCCCUCCCUCCGUCUCCUCCCCCCCCCUCCCUCUCCUCCCCUCCCCUCCCCUCCGUCUCCUCCCCUCCCCUCCCUCCGUCUCCUCCCCUUCCCUCCGUCUCCUCCCCUCCCCUCCCCUCCCUCUCCCUCUCCUCCCCUCCCCUCCCCUCCACCUCCGUCUCCUCCCUCCCCU